CCUUGUUUUCUAUUGGUCAGCAACAGGAUGCGCUCGGAGCUGAUUGGCUGAAAGUUUUGCUUUGGACUCGGACCCCUCCUCCUCCUUCUCUCCUUCAGGCAAGCCUGCCUCCGCUAUUCCUGUGAUUUUAUUAUUCUCCUCCACUGGCUUUUCCAGAGCAGUGCGAGGAAAGUCCGUUAGUCUGCAGGAUACUCGGAGCGGGGUGAUGAGCUGUAGUACCUGAGCACCACUGAAACAACUUUUUUUUUUUUUCAUCCAGAAACAUUUUUUAACGCCUUUUUCAAACUCUUCAGAGCAGACCCAGAGCUUCUUCUUCCUGCCCUCUGAACGCAGGUAUAUUAUUAUAUAUUUUUAAGUGAAAUUAGGCAGAGGAGGAAAAUGGCCUCGGCCGGUCUGGAGAUCCUGGGGCUGACGCUGUGCAUGCUGGGCACGCUGCUGGAGAUGGUGGGCUGCGGCCUGCCCAUGUGGAAGGUGACGGCGUUCAUCGACGCCAACAUCGUGGUGGCGCAGACCAUCUGGGACGGCCUGUGGAUGUCGUGCGCCGUGCAGAGCACGGGCCAGAUGCAGUGCAAGGUGCACGACUCGAUGCUGGCGCUCGCCCCUGACCUGCAGGCGGCGCGCGCGCUCACCGUGGUCUCGUGCGUGCUCGCCGUGUUCGGGCUGAUGGUGGUGGUCGCGGGCGCGCAGUGCACCAACUGCAUCCGCGACGAGCGCCUGAAGGCGCGCGUGGUGGCCGCCGGCGGCGUGCUGUACAUCGCCAGCGGCGCGCUGCUGCUCGUGCCCCUCUGCUGGAUGGCCAGCAGCAUCAUCGCGGACUUCUACAACCCGCAGGUGCACGCGGCCAAGAAGCGCGAGAUCGGCGCCUCGCUCUACAUCGGCUGGGCGGCCACGGGGCUGCUGCUGCUUGGCGGAGCCACGCUCUGCUGCUCGUGUCCCUCCAGCCCCAGCGGAUACUCCGUCAACUACGUGCCCACCAAGCGCCCGGCCACGACUAACGGCGACUACGACAAGCGGAAUUACGUCUAGGCUCUCCUGUUUUAUUUCUUUAAUUCACCGGCACCUGUACACCUGUUCUUCUUCUUUAACUUGAGAAAUGACAAAAACAAAAAGAAAAAACUUAAAUGUAAAUGACUUUUAAUGACUUUUUUUUAUUGUGUUUAAAGACGCUGCAUAGACAUUUGCUACUACUGAGAGAUAAGCCCAAACGGGCUGCGGACCCCAUGGACACUGUUUUUACCUGUUUGUACUCUCGGACAUUGUUUUGUUUGUGUUUUGUUUUGUUUCAUGCCUUUUGGAAGGAUGACCUGAAAGAGGUCAAUUUAGUUAGCUAGGUACCUUCACAGCAAAAUCCCCAGUGUUGAAUGAAAAUUAUGAAUUUCAGCGACGAGUAAAAAACUAUGAAUUAGCUGCUUACAGUGUCUAGACUGAUCAUCCAGCUAUAUUUGGGGUAGUGAGAAAAAAUAGUGAACUAUAUUCUUUCUUAAAUCAAAAAUAUAUACUGCAGUAGCUGCAUAGAUAAAGAAACACAAUUGUGUGGGUCUUUUGAACACUAACUAGCCAGCUUAAUGCCGUAGAUGCACCAUUUGCAGACAAGUGCCACAAAAUACCAAAAUGAUUCUGUAAAUGUUCAUUCAAUACUAUAAUGUGCUGUGAUGAACAAAAGUAUGUUUUGUUACUCGAACUGCCAUCAAGUCAACAUAUUAAUUCUCAUUCAACCAUGGGGGUUUUGCUAUGUUGCAUUCAGUUUAGGCCAAAAUCACGUAUGUAGAUUUAAGCUUUGGCUCUUUUGACCAGAGUUGUUUACCGGUAUCAAAAUGUUUUAUUAUUAUCAAAAUAAUUGUAUGGGGCAGUUGACACUGUCUUUUUCUUACACAUUAUGCCAUCAUGGACACAGCUGGAUAAGACAGCAACUCCUGACUGCUCUGAACAAAGCCGUAUCCACAACGAGGUGCUCAGUAAGGUGGAAAGUGCUCUUCAGUGUGGAAUUAACUUCGCUGGACAUCUGUUACCGGUGCCUUGUAAUGAUGGGACUUAUUGUUUUGUUUUGCCCUUUUAAUAAGACUAUCAGUGCCAAAAGCUGUCUGCAGUCGUUUGGCAGAAAUGAUUAUUUUUGUAACUUCCAAAAAUGGCCUUCUGUGUUACAUGUUGUUUUGAAUACUGUUUUGAAUAAACAUUUAUUACGAUAA